UAGGAGGAAUAAAACAAGCAAGGGAGCCUUUUCAGAGGCAAAUCCCACCUACUACUACUACUAUUACUCCUACUAUACACACUACCACUUGUAUUAUCGUAAUCAGGCCGAAGACAAUCACCGCAAUGUUCCGAGCAACUUUGAUAAGCAAUUUGCGUGUAGGCUAUGUUAGAUAUUUAUCCCAAGUUGCCACUUCUAGACCAUCUACUCUUCAGAUAUCAGAGGAAAAGGGAGUGCGUUAUAUAACUCUAGCAAAUCCAAAAACAAGAAAUGCACUCUCCCUGCAUGUUCUUGAAGAGCUACAUGAAGCUGUAAACAAGGAAAAUCCAUCCCUUAGAUGCAUAGUGUUAGGAGCAGAGGGGAAGGUCUUCUCAGCUGGACAUAAUUUGAAGGAAUUGACAGCUAAGGAUGGCCAUGCUUAUCACCAGAAGGUAUUUGAUUCAUGCACAAGACUGAUGUUGGCUUUGCAGAAUAUUAGUGUUCCAGUAAUUGCUAAAGUUAAUGGGAUAGCAACAGCAGCAGGGUGUCAGUUGGUUGCAUCUUGCGACAUUGUCAUUGCUACAGACACAUCUUCAUUUUCAACUCCAGGAGGAGGUGUUGGUAUAUUUUGUUCAACACCUGGAAUACCUUUAGUAAGAUGUGUACCUAGAAAAGUGUCAGCUCAUAUGCUUUUGACUGGUCUUCCAAUAUCUGCAGAUGAGGCACUGAGAGCUGGACUUGUAUCAAAAGUUGUUCCUGAGAGUGAAUUAGACAGUGAAAUUCAGAGGACUAUAGAAGCCAUUGUAAGCAAAAGCAAAGCAGUAAUUGCCUUGGGCAAGUCAUUUAUGUACAGACAAAUGGAAAUGAAGAUUGAAGAUGCAUACAGAGAGGGAUCGUGUGUUAUGGUGAACAACAUCAACAUGAAUGAUGGACAAGAAGGAAUAAACAGCUUCAUUGAAAAAAGAAAGCCAAAUUGGUCUCAUAAAUGUUAAUUGUACUUCUUUUGUAAGUCCUACAUAGAACCAGUGUGUGCUUUUUUAAUAGUAUACUAUCCUAUAUCCUAGUCGGCUGUAAUGUAGUAAUGUCCAGAUUUUCACUAUUAUUGUAAGAAAAGAUGCUUUACAUUAUAAAGUAAUAUACAUA